AUGCCUAGCACAGGAGACUUCGUCUAUAUUAGCACUAUGCUGGAACUCGCGGACUGGCGACCCGAGGACGUCAAGAUCCAGGCCUCCAAAGUCUCGAACACACCCCUGCUCCACCGCCCACCGCCCCCGCCUACUUCCCCACUCCCCACUCACCCUCGGACGACAACGCUACCGCCACCAAUUCCCAACCUCCUGAGCUGCCAUGACUAUAAAGGUGGCUACCAUCCUAGUGAGUCUGCCCAAGGUCAGUUCCCCGCCCCGUCAGGGCCGAUUUACACGGCAGCUCAUCUCCACGUCAUCGAUACCUUCGUUUACUUUUCCCAUAGCCUCGUCUCCAUCCCACCGGGCCCAUGGAUAAACACGCUCCACCGGAACGGCGUCCGGGUCCUCGGUACGUUCAUAGUCGAGCACGAUGCCGGGUCUGCUGCUCUCUCCCGACUGCUGGAUAAAGGCUCGGAGGGAGAGUACAUGUUCGCGACGCAAUUGGCGCUGAUUGCAGAAACCUACGGGUUCGACGGGUGGCUGAUGAACAUCGAGGCAUCGUUUCCUGCCGAAGGGUUCAGGCCAAGCGAGUUGCAGGCGUUCCUUAAAGAGCUCAGAAGCGCGGUGGCGGAAUUGGUCCCCGGCGGGCAGGUGAUAUGGUAUGAUGCACUGACAGUGCUCAACCAAGUGCACUGGCAGAACGGACUUACUUUGCUCAACGCGCCGUUUUUCGGCGUCACUGGCGGGUUAUUCACGAAUUAUAGGUGGCGGGAGCCGCAGUUGGAGGCUACGAGGCUCAUGGCCAACUAUAUGGGUCGAGUGCCCGAUAUAUACACUGGGAUCGACUGCUUCGGCCGGGGAUCGCUGGGCGAUGGUGGCUUCGGGGUCGGUAAGGCGCUCUCCGCUAUCCGGAAGGCAGGGACAUCGGCAGCGCUUUUUGCACCUGGAUGGACGUACGAGCACUUUGACGGCAGGAAUUUUGAUUCCGUCGAUCGGAAAUUCUGGGUUGGUGAUGGGGGCGACAUCGAAAGCAAUCCUGUGAAGCCGGUUUCGCACUUUGUCUCCGAGAAGGCAUGUGGCGGUUCGGAAUUCUUCUUCACAAAUUUCAAUAGGGGAUUUGGAAAGGGGUGGUGGGUUGAUGGAAUUGUCUGUCUCACCCCACGAGCGCACUUUCCAACACCAUGCCAUGCUGAUAUAGAGUGUUUGUACAGAAAGUCAUGAAUACACCAUGGGUGCACAUCGGUGCGCAGUCAAUCCUUCCGUCGAAGAAUCCCCGGAACACGGAUAAACUGAAGUGGUCGUUUAAUGACGGGACGGCUUACUUUGGCGGCACAAGUCUGGAUAUUUCUGCUGCCGCCGGGCCCGUUGCCGGGGGAGUGGCUUUCUGUCCGCUAUACUCCACGGCAAUUACCGCGAAUGAAUCUUCGAUCCGAGUGGCAUACUUUCUCCCGGAGCGAUCCCCUACUGAAGUCCUGGAAGGAGAGGUGGUAGGGGUAUACUACACCUCCAACACUGCCCAGACACAGACACUACUGCCCCUACCCCAAACCCCCGGAGCCUGGAAGGUCAUCACAUUUGCAACCAUAACUGCAGACCCCAACGAAAAAAUAACAGAGCUGGGCAUCUACUACAGGCACUCCCCCGCCGUUACCGCCCUUGGAUUUAAAGUCCUAACCCUAGGAUACCUCCACAUCUCCCCGAUACCAAUCCUCCCCGAACGGCCAUCCCGCAUCACCGAUGUAGUCUCAGCAUCCGAAGAAGAGGGUGGUAGCACGAAGCUUAGCUGGAAGGCCUAUAAACACGACUUUUCACCCGCUAUGGAGAAACUGAGGAGCUUGCCUGGGUGCUUUAGUCGGAAGACGGGGGAUUUCGCCAGUUUUCUUGUGUGGCGGGGCGGGGGGUUGGUGGGGGUUAGUUAUUGCCUUGAGUAUGAUGUUCCGGCUGGAGUGGCCGUUGGUGAUUGGAGGGUUGAUGGGGUGAUGUGGGGCGGGGGUAUUGUUAGAGGUAGUGGGGGGAGAUGA